AUGGAUACAAUCGGCACCAACGCGGACACUCAGUCCGCAAUAGACAUUGUUCAAAGCCAUGUCUUCUUUAGCCCUCAUGGCAGUGGCUGGCUGUCCAAGCCCGAGCUACCCACCGCCGCCGAGAUCCUUGCCGCAAAUUCCGACAUUGACCAGCUUCCGGAAAACCCCGUUGAUGUCCCUUGGGAGUCCAAACAUGACUACCUCACCGCUCAGUAUGAGAUCCUCCGCCAGGAGGCCAUUGAAGGGCUCCGCUUCUCUGUGAGAAGCUUCGCCGAUAAUCGGCGCAAGGCCUCCGCGAUGGACGACGACUUCACCAACAUUUACACUCAGGUGCGGAUCAAGGAAUACGUCAUGUCGACCAUCGGUCCUCUCGCCCGAGUCUCCUUUUCCACUGAGCGGUCCAAGUACCGCAUCCAAUGGAAGCAGUCGAAGCGACUCCAGCCCGGGAAGAUCGUGGCUCUCUCUCCCAAGGGGGAUAAUUUCAAGAACAUUUGCAAGAUUGCGACCAUUGCUCAGCGCCCCUACCGCGACGGUCUCGACCAAGAUCCUCCCCUCGUGGACCUCAUCUGGGCGAACCCGGAGGACGCUGUCCUCGACCCAAGCCUCGAGAUGGUCAUGAUUGAGUCGUUAAAUGGUUAUUUUGAGUCGGCUCGUCAUUCGUUGGUCGGCUUGCAACAUGCCGCGAGGACUGACUCCGCUUUGGACAAGUACUUGACCGGGGCUCAUGUGAAAGACACCUUUCCAGAAUUUCUCAUGGACCACCCGGUUGCAGAUCUCUCUUCGCUUGCUAGUAGAGCCGCCGCCGCAGAGGACCCCGUGGCGGUCGCAGAACUCAAGACACACGACAUCGUCAACAACGAGCUCCCAGAUUUGAAGGAUCUCACCAACCUCGAUUCGUCCCAGCUCCUUGGUCUGCAUCGGAUCAUUUCCAAGGAACUCGCCAUUGUCCAAGGCCCACCGGGUACCGGUAAAACGUUCACGUCCGUUGAAGCACUCAAGGUCCUGAUCGCCAAUCGACGUAAGCGCCGCGGCCCUCCGAUCCUAGUGGCCGCCCAGACAAACCAUGCCUUGGAUCAGAUUCUCGUGCACUGUGUCGAAUCAGGUGCGAAUAUUCUUCGGAUGGGAGGAAGAACGCAGAACGAAACCAUCAAGCCCUGCACCCUGUAUGAGCGGCGCCAGAAGUGCGGCAAGGGCCAGAUUUCCGCGGACAACAAGUGCGGUCCCAUCGACCACCAGCGCCGAGUAAACGCCAUGAAGAUCCAGGAACUCGUCGAUCACCUCUUCAGUGACCGACUCUUGGACCCCCAAUCUCUGCUGGACUUCGGCAUCAUCUCAAAGGAGCAGUACGAGUCUCUUUGCGACGAGUCCAUGGAAACCCAUGAGGCUAUUAACGUCCACGGUCCCUUUGCGCUUUGGCUGGGUGACAACCUCAUUCCUGCCAAGAUUCGAGAGGACCGCCAUCCCACACAACUCGAGAUAAAUGAGGCCGAGGCCCGCAAGAACCUCCCCGAGUUCGAGGUUGAGGACGACGAGGAUAUCGAGAACAUCGCCGACGACGAAGAAGAUGCGUAUCGCUUCCGGGGGCAGGUCAUCCCACUGAGGCACGUCUGGUCGGGCAAGGACCCUGCAAACUUGACAUCUUGGGCUCGUGCCGUCGCUCGUGCCCUUCAGACCCAGGACCUCUUCGCCAUCGACCGUGACUUGCGCGGUGCUGUUUAUCAGUACUUCCAGGCCAGAUUGCUGGAUGCAAUGGCCCCAAAGUUCGCCGCAUUGCUCGCCGAGAACGUCAAUCUUUGCAAGAAGCGCAAGGCGUUCAAGUUUCUUGGGAACACUCAGGUUGUCAACAAGCUGCGGAUCGACAUCGUCGGCUGUACCACCACGGGCCUAACAAAGUACCGCGGCUGCCUUGCAGCAAUGAAUCCACAGUCGCUCCUCAUCGAAGAGGCAGCGGAAACCCGCGAAGCCAACAUCGUAUCCGCUUUGUACCCUUCUAUCCAGCAGCUCAUCCUGGUGGGUGACCACAAGCAGCUCGCGCCCAAGUGCGACAUUCAGCGGCUGGGCGACUCACCUUACAACCUCAAUGUCUCGCUAUUCCAGAGAAUGGUCAACUUGAACAUGCCGUUCGUCAUGCUGAAACAGCAGCGUCGCAUGAAGCCAGAGCUUCGCCAAAUCCUGAAGCCGUUUUACCCCGAGCUCUUCGACCAUCCCUCCGUCGCAUCGAUUAACAACCGCCCUAACGUUCUCGGAAUGGGAGGUCGUAACUCUUGGCUCUUUGACCACGAAUGGCCCGAGGACAUGAACUCGGACUUCAGCAAAUUCAACGAGCAAGAGGCCGAGAUGAUCGCGAACUUCUUUGCCUACCUCGUGGCCAACGGUACCCCUUCGGGGACAAUCACGAUACUCACCUUCUACAAGGGCCAGAGAAAGGUGCUGCUAAGGAAGCUGAAACGCCACCCCUCUCUCAUGGACCAGACAUUCAACGUAUGCACCGUGGACUCGUACCAGGGCGAGGAAAACGACAUUAUCCUCCUGUCGCUUGUUCGUAGUCCUCAACUCAACCGCUCUUACGCGGUGGGCUUUCUGGAGGAUGAACGCCGCGCAGUCGUCGCCAUCAGCCGUGCGCGCCGAGGCUUUUACGUGUUUGGCAAUGUCAGCAACGUCCUCAAUGCCCGCCGGGCUUCAUACGACCUCUGGUUCAAGAUCUGCUCUGGGUUUGCCGAACAAGGGCGCCUUGACCCCGGGCAUGGCCUUCCUAUUGUUUGCCAGGUUCACCACAAAAAGACUUGGAUAAAGGAGGUUGAGGACUGGGCCGACAACGCUGGGGGUUGUGAUCAGCCCUGUGAGAAGACGAGAGAUUGCGGCCAUCAAUGCACUCUCAAGUGCCACGCUCUACCCCACGAUAUCCUCCCUUGCAGUGAGCCGUGCCGCAAGAUACUCGAUUGCGGUCACGGAUGUCACAAGUCGUGUGGCCAGGAAUGCUUCUGUGACUGCAAGAAGUUCAAGGAGACCACGCAGACGCAGGCCGCUAAACAGCCCAUGUCGUUGAAGGAUAGGAUGCUGUGGAUGGGUGCCGAGAAUACAGAGAUGCUCAAGGCCUCCUUCAACAAUCUUGGUGUGUCGCGACAGCAAGCAGAGUCGGCGCCGACGCUACCUACGCCGGGGAAAGCAGGCUUCUCAAAGGAUAGGCGCAAGGGUAAACAAGCACAACGCGGGCAGAGUUCGGUCCCAGCAGCUGUUACCGCGGCGCAAUGGGGACAGUUCGUCGACAAUAUCGAGCAGCAUGAUGAGCAAUUGCUCCGGGAACGUCUCGCCACUGAGGAGGAGCAACAAGUUACAGAGUCGGUUAUCCAGGAGGUUUAUCAGCCUACCUCCCUGGCCAACGGCCAGCGCACUGGAGGGGGCAGCAGAACUACUCAGCGGGUCAAGUUGCCUUACAACAAGGUGGCCGGUUCUUCCGUCAACGACCAGUCUGAGCGUCCACCCAACCUCUAAGACGACGAUGGUUUCCUCCGGACAAUCAGGCGUUAGGAGGAGGGAUGGGGAGCCAGGUGUGGAGCGUAGCGUACAUUUGUUAGUUUAAUUUAACGAGCGUUGUUUUGUCACCAUUGCCGCGUCAAAUUUGUUGAUCAAGUCUUGUUUCUUUUAAGAUGUGUGUGCAGCCCAUUGUCGCGUGCCGGGGCGUCCAGACGUUUGCACCACACAGUAACGUCGAGCCUAAAAUUGUUACGAAGUGAAGCAAAUGAUCCGGAUCCCCCAUAGUCCCCGAUUCCACGAUAACUCCAACGCCAUCCCACGUGGGUAUUCUAAAAGCCAACCGCGUCACAGUUACCACCUAUCUUAUUCAUCAUCACUGCAGACCACACCACACCACCCGCAGAGCAUAUCAACGCCCAUCAACCCGUGACACAACUCAACUCUAGCAAAGCCCGCACCCCAUUCCACUCACCUCCACCUAUCCGUCCCCCCUA